GAAAAACGAAUCCUUAGUAUCUAAUUUCUAAAUAAUCACAAAUAAUCGCUGAUCAAUGUGUUCAGUUGCACUAUUUUCUUUAAUGUAAGUUGAAUGUAACAUGUGUUACCAGGUUAAAUGGCUGUUGUCGUAGAAUGAAAUUAAGUCAAAAUGAGCACGUCAGAAGUUGAGCCGCACAUCACGAAGAAAUAUGAAAUCAAGAAAAGAUUGGGAAAAGGAGCCUAUGGCAUCGUGUGGAAAGCUAUUGACAGAAGAACUGGAGAAGUUGUUGCCGUCAAGAAAAUAUUUGAUGCCUUUAGAAAUCAAACUGAUGCACAAAGAACUUUUAGAGAGAUUAUGUUCCUGCAGGACUUUGGAGAUCAUCCCAAUAUAAUAAAAUUACACAAUGUGAUAAAAGCUGAAAAUGAUAAGGAUAUUUAUCUUGUAUUUGAAUUUAUGGAAACUGAUCUACACAAUGUAAUAAAGAGAGGAAACAUAUUGAAAGAUGUACACAAACGCUACAUAAUGUACCAGUUGUUCAGGGCGACUAAAUAUUUACACUCAGGGAAUGUCAUACAUAGAGAUCAAAAGCCUUCGAACAUCCUGUUAGAUAGUGAGUGUAUGGUAAAGGUGUGUGAUUUUGGACUUGCAAGGUCUUUGUCACAGAUCAGUAUAGACUCGGAGACUGGUGAUCCUAAUCUUACAGAAUAUGUAGCUACACGAUGGUACAGGGCACCUGAAAUCUUACUAGCAUCUCAUAGAUAUACAAAAGGUGUAGACAUGUGGAGUUUAGGGUGUAUAUUAGCAGAAAUGUUAAUUGGAAAACCAUUAUUCCCAGGCUCAUCUACCAUUAAUCAGAUAGAGAAAAUCAUGGCAACAAUACCAAGACCAUCAAAAGAAGACAUUGCCAGCAUUAGAUCAGCGUAUGGGUCAUCAGUAUUAGACAAAGCUGCUACUAGGCCAAAGAAGUCAAUGGAGGAGAUGAUGGAAGAUGCUCCUAAAGAUGCAAUAGAUUUAUGUAGAAAAUUGUUGCACUUCAAUCCUGAUAAGCGAAUUACUGCAGAUGAGGCCCUCAGACAUCCAUAUGUAUCUAGGUUCCACAAUCCAAAGGAAGAGAUCAGUCUCAACUAUGAUGUUGUGCCCCCACUGUCUGAUGAUGUCCAGCUCACGGUAGAUGAGUACAGAACAAAGUUGUAUGAGAUGAUAAUGCAAAAGAAGGCAGAUAGGCGGAGAAAACGACAGGAGAUUAGAAGUGCCCAACAUAUAGCCCAGCAGGCUCGAGAACCAACACCCCCUGACUAUGAUGAUGAAGAACCACCCCCGGGGGAGCCCCAUGUUCACUAUGGUAGUCAACAACAACAGGUUCAGCAACGGUAUGCAAGACAGGAUCCAGAUACACCACCACCCAGACACCAUCAAUCCUCAUUCUCAGCAAGUCAUGUCGCAUUUGGUAGAACAACAAAGGAGCAGGCCCCUCCCUCAGCCCCAGUCACCAAACAGAGAACAUUCAUGAGACCAAAAACCAAUGAAAACAGUGGGAGAGUGUCCACUCUACUGAACAGAGAACGAAUAUCCUAUCUCCUUAAGACUAGUCCAAACAUUUUGUCAUAUAACAACAUUUAUCAGGACAUGUACCCUUCAGGGUCAAGGGGUCGGCAAGCAUCAGCACCAGCUGGCACAAGGGGACCAGGACGUCCAAUAUCUGGAGCAUAUGGACAGCAGAACAAUCCUACAAUCACCAGGGAUGAGAAGAGUGGAGGACUCAUGGUUAACAGUACGAGAAUGAUGAAUCAUGGCUGGGUGCGCAUGACUCCAGGGGAGCCUCUGCCCCCUAUCGGCACCUAUAAUGUUCCUGGCACAAGACCAAACUCUGCAUCUCAGCCGAGACAAAAACCUGUGUACGGACGUAAACAGUUCAGCAAUGCAAUCAACAACCCCUCUUCUGGUGCUCCAAAGGCUGUGUUCGGCAGUUAUACACAAAACUUUGGUACCAUCACAUCAAGUGGCCUGGCUGCCAUCAAGAAAUCUUGAAAUCUACUCCGAGGUUUAGCUAUUUUCAGUGUCAUUUACAGAGGAGGAGAUUUAAAAAUCAGCAACUGACGUGUUCAUUGCAACCCUUGAGUUUGUGACAGGGUGUUACUUGGUGUCAUACAAAUCAGUUAUGCUGGGCACACAAUAUUUGUCUUCAAGACAAGAGUACAUUUACCAUAUAUGUUGAGUUUGAUUCAGCUGAUUUUGUUAACCACCAAAAAAUGAAAACAUUGAAAAGACAUUUUUUUUUAACUGUGUUGACCUAAUCUGUAAUCCCCUAGCUAUUAAAACCUCUCAAGUUGGAUGCCAUUCUCAGGUUGCUAUUAAAUAAUGGAGUUAUAAGUCACUUGAUGCUUAAUUUGCCAAUAUUGAAGAAGUUUAGUACAAACACAUAUACCUUUUAUGUGUUCUGGCCAGUGUAGAGAUAGCCGAAGGGGAUAGCCAAAUUUAAUCAGUAUUACACAGUCUGUACAUAGGCUUGAAUGACUGCAAAGUAGUCAUAGAGGAAUAACAGCAUGUGUGAAGCCAGCAAAGCUUAAAGGACAAAGUGGGGAGGGGUAUAAGUGAAAAUUCUCCAUUUAUUUCAAGAAGUUAUAUACCAUUAGUACAUCUCGUAGUCAGUUAAUAGAUAUUUUUUAUUUCUUCAUCUGAAGGUUCAGUCCAUAAACGAAUUGCGUUCCCCUCUUCAUUUAUUUUUUCAAUAUUUGUUAAUAUAAAUGUGCUAUAGACCUACUUUAAAAGGUAUGUUUUGGGGAUUAAAACAAGGGAAGCUGGUGAUAGGUUAUAUCCAAAUAUGUAACUUAUUUUCAGUUCUAAGUUCCUUUACCAUAAUUGAUCUGAAGAGUUCUGCCUUAUAAUUUGCCCCCUUCAAAGGAGAGGGGUAUUAUAAUUGUUUUGCUCAUUGUUGGUCUGUCUGCCAUUUGGUUUCAGUUUAGUUUCCAGUCAAUAACUAGAGAAUGUUUGGAAUCACAUAAAUAAACUUAUCUGAUUGCCUGUGGUCAGUUGAUGACCCCUGUUGUUUUGGAAUUUACUGGGUAAAAGGUCAAUGUCUCAUUGACCAUGAGCCUGAAAUCAGUUUCAUCUCAGUAAUGGAAGAAUGUUUUGGCCUCCAACCCUCAAUUUGCAUAGUUAAAAGUCACAUUCUUGCAUAAAACUACUUUUUUCACUGUAUUAAUUCACAUGUAUUAAUGGGAGAAAAAUCGUGUGCAAACAAGGCUAUUCACGUGCUGUUAAUACAUGAUUUUUAUUUUUGAAAUGCUUUGCCAGGGCCUUAUAUAUAUGUAUUUCUGCGCAGACUGAUAUUUGGCACCUGCGUCUUGUUUCUUCCGUAAUAGCCUCUUCUUGUAGCAUUAAAGAUACAAUGUAAUCCGUAAUAUGUUUUGCUGUAUCAGUUUCCAACCCCAAACGUACUCUUUCCCAACCCCGCCAACAAUGUACGCACUUGCUUCUCAUAGAGUUUACGCCCUUUACAAAGCGUCGGUUCAGUUGCUGUCAAAAACCGUGAAUGAAUAAGUAUCGCGUGUAACUUGUGCGAUUGUUCGUUUUUAGGAAUCAUAUUAAUGAUUUUGGUAAGUAUCAAGUCGGUAUGUUUUUACCUGAUUUUUCGCAGAAUUCAUAUAAUAAACCUUGAAAGCUCGUCACUAUCUUCGUACUUAUCCGUACUCUAAAUGUGUUCGUACUCAAAAUAAUUCGAAUGUAAAGUUAUUAUUCUUAAACUUGUGUUCCUGUUUAUCAAAUUUUUAAGUAAUAUGCAAAAUUAUGGGUAGUGUCAUGUUUGUAAUAACGAGACAUAAAAAAAAUAUGCUCAAAAACCUUCAAAUCAUGCUUUUGGUAGUGUUGUUGAUACGUGGGCCCCGGUUAUGGAUAUUUAAAACACGUUUACCAUUUCCAAGAACAACAGAAUGGUAAAUAAAAGAUGUAACGGAAUCGCUAAGUCAUCACAUAUGAAAACAAUAAAUUUAGCUGUCGUGUCAUGUUUUUUUAUGCAAGAAUAGCGACAAUACACAUUUGUUUUGUGUAUUAUAUAUAAUUAAAUGUCAGCAGAUUAAGCCCUUGGGAUAUGUUUGUGACCUCAACCUUCAGUCUUGGUCACAAACAUUCCCACAGGCUUCUGCAGAUGUUGAUACACAAAAAAACGUGUAUUAUCCCGAGACAGAAAAGUUUUGGCUCAGUAACUAAAACACUUUUGCCUGCCAACAUCAGACUUAAUAGGAUGAUUGUAGUCAGUAGAUUUUGGCAAAAGGACUCAGCAUAUACUUCUCUCUGACAGGCUGUCAUAGGGGGCAGCUAUUUUUGUAAUACUGGUAUACUUGAUGGAUAGAAUAAUUGUCAGUUUUAAAGUGCUGUAUAUAGUUGUAUGGAAGUUUUACAAAUAUUGUAUGGAGCUUUUACAAGUGUGAUAGACAAUAUUUUUAUGCAAUUGUAAAUACUGAAUUUGAAACCUUCGUGUAUAUAAACAAAUAAUUUAUGAUUUAUGUUGUACUAUAACUAUAUAUUGUUACUUUUAACAGUGAUUCUUACAUAUUUAUACUUGUUUAAACAACAGAUUUAUGUUUACACCACACUACUGUUGAACUGCAUGAUAGUUUUUAAAACCAUACUGUGAUCUGUGUUUUCUCCAGUUGUUGCUAAGUGUUAUUUUGUUAUCUUCAAUGCUUAUGUGUAAACUAAUGUUUAAGUAUGUUAAUAUCAUAGUUGGUCUACAAAAAUAACCACAUGUGAAAUGUUUUGGUAUGAUCUUCUUAGUGUCUCCACAUUUACCUUUACCAUUGCCAUUUACUGACGAACAGUUUCACCUAUUUAAGAUUAUUUCAAGAACGCUAAGUAGUUUUGUACUUCUUUGGUUUUUGAUUAAUUUAUUGUAAAAUUACAGUUAAUUAUUCAUAGAAGUUUUGUUUUAAAGACUAAUAAUUUUUCUACAGGUUUGUUCAGAAGUAGGGAUAUGUCCAGCGGAAUUUGCUCUUUUGUACGGUGUAGUGUAGAAUACUGGGAUGAUAGUUUAAUAGUGUUUUUCAUAUUAAAACAGAUUAACAGCUGUCCAGAUAGAGAAUGUGCAUAAUUGUGUGGUUAGAAAAGUAUUUCUUUCAGUGUUGUACAUGAACUUCCAAAAAGGGAGGUAACAGUAAGAAUGGAUUUAAGGACGGUUGUGGCAGUUUUGGGUUAAAGAUUUCACAAUAAUAGAAUUUGUUCAAACUUUGUAUUUGAACACAGUGUCAUGAUAGAAACAGAAUUAUGAAAAAAAAUCGAAGGUUACCAUGCCUUUUCAGGAGUUAUCUGCCCUUGAAAAUGUAAAUUUGAAGAAAAAUCCAGUUUUAAGGGCAGAUAACUCCUAAACAAGCAUGGUGACCUAUGAUUGUUUUUGCAUUUUUCUGUUUCUAACAUGAAACUGUGUUCAUAUACGAAGUUUGAACAAAUUCUAUCAUUGGGAAAUUUUUGCCCAAUCUCUCUUACAAGAAACUGCAAUAGUGUCUUAACACUACUGUCCCUUUUGUCAGUAAGAUUUCAAAACCUCAGAAAACUAUCAAUUAUGAGAUAUCAAUGUUGAAAAUAAGAAAUUGCAAGAUAUUAAUGCGUUUUAGGCUCAUAACAAAAUAUAUGGCAGUCAAGGCAUAGUCGGUACAUUCAUUUAAACAUGGUUGCCACACUUCAGUGGUGAUAAGUUAGUGAAAGUCAUAUAUAAAAUCUUCAACAAAAAUAUCAAAAUACUUACAUAAUUUUUGUGAAACUUAUUUUUAAUUGAACAUUUGAAUUCUGUGAAGAUCAUGGUUGAAUCCAAGAAAUUGAUUCAAGGUUCGUACUUCCUUGCCUAAGAUGUUUUCUUCCAAAUUACUUUAUUUUUUCCACACUCAUUUCAGACAAUAUCUACAGUAACCUAUUUGCUACAAUAAAAAACUAUUGUAAAAAAAAAAAAAACAAUCAGUGUUGUCUGCAUGUGAAGUGGCAAAUUUAUUUGUGGCAGGUUGUACAAGUGGCAUUGGCCAUUUUAGCCUGUAAAUAAUCAGGAGAUAGAUUCCCUGCCUAUUUUCAAUUAGUAUCUUAAAAAUGUUGUCAUUAUAUCAUAGAUAAUGAAUUGGUUACCAAAGAAUGUUUUAGUACAUAGUGAAUCAGUGUGUCUAGGGUUACACUGGAAUAUUUUAGUAUUUAUUUAAAGUAGUAGUAUAGUAAUAUAAAGGAAAAAUAUCACAAGAGAUUAUUCAUUUUGGUUAGAGGUUACCUUAGUUUCCAUCAGUUGUGUAGAUGUGUGUAGUUUCAUUUACAUCAUUACUGACGUCCCCACUCAUAAAUAUUCAUGAUGUUCAGCUGAAUUAUACUAUUGGCAUUUCUGACAUAACUUAGGUUAUGAUUUUGCAACCUUAUGUCUUUGCUGCAUAUUUUAACAUCUUUAUAGAUAAAUUUCAUAUAAAAGUAAUAUUUCAUAUUUAGAUGGAUAUUUCAUAUACACAAUUUAAUACGAUUUGUUGAAUUACUGUGCCUAUAGUAGUUGCUUAUUCGUGUAUGUCACACACGAUUCCAGCUUGUAAUGUUAAUGGUGAUAGUCUUUUUGAUUUCCUAGGUUACACUGAAACUCGUUAUACUAGUUCAGAAAUCAGUGUAAAGAUUCCACUUAAUUGUAUUUAGUUAUUCAGUUUUCCACUAGUGGUAUAAUACAUUCCAUAUCUCAUUAUAUGUAAAUUCACAUGACAAAAACUCCAUUGAAAUUGCAUGUAUGUUUUAUUUUUCUAUUGAUGUUUUAAACACUAAUUUUAAAAUCUUUUUAACAUGGUGUGGAUUACAUACUGUAGUUAGAGGAUAAGGCAUGUCAUUUCUUGUUGUACAUUGAUUGUGUCAUGUCCAUCAGCUAGUUCAUUAACAUAAUGUAUGUAUUCAUAGCCAUGAUUAUGAUAAAAGAAAUAAAAAUUGAUCACAAACUU